CAGGGUUUCGCGAUUUAAGAUGGGCAAGAAUAAGUACAUAACACGACUGAAAAACCUUGCACGGAGGAACGAUUUGAAGCUGGAAUAUGAGAACGUUUUAGAGAGACAUGGCGAGAAAAGAGUCAUCAUGAGGGCUGUGAUCAAUGGGCAAAGGUUUCCUAAUGGUGAGGGGAAGAAUGCUGAAAAAGCAAAGCAGAACGCAGCUCGAAAUGCCCUGGAAAGUUUGAAUGAGAAGGAAAAUCAAAUCCUGGAGAUGAAGAAAAAAGAUUCAAAUGCGCAACGUUCUCACCUGAAAUGCAGAAAAACUCUGUUUGAUGGUAUAUCUGAACGCCAAACUAACGGGGUGUCGCGCUUCGAAGUGUUUCAAGAUGGAGUCUCAGCCAUGCUGCCCACGCCACAGACUGAACCGGAUUCCUGUGGCGCUUCAGCAGAACCUGUGGCAAAGACCUGUAAUUUGUCAAAAAACUCCAAGGAUAUGUUGUGUCCUGAAGAAAAGAGUUCAGGAAGCUCCCCCAGUGAUAUGUCAGCUGAUUCAGAAAUCUUCAGUCAUUCACAGUUUGACUACGUAGAGGAGCUGGGUAAAGGAGCUUUUGGUCGAGUACUCAAGGUAAAAGAUAAACUGGUGGAACGGUAUUACGCAAUAAAGAUCAUCCGCUGGAACGAAAAAGCUCUUCGAGAAGCCAAGGCGUUGUCAGACCUCGAGCACCCUAAUAUCAUUAGAUACUUCUCGUGUUGGAUGGAGGAUUCAGGAUACCAGUCGGACAGCACUGACGAAAGCUGCAGUACUUCACAGUCUUCCACUGGUUCACCCAAGAAGUGCCUCUAUAUUCAGAUGGAACUGUGUGACACCAAAACACUUCUAGACUGGAUAGAAGACUGGUAUACGAAGAAAUCAAACUCCAAGAGAAGAGAAGAAAGUCUGAACAUUGCUCAGCAGAUGGUCAGUGGUAUCGAGUACAUUCACUCCAAGAAGCUCAUCCACAGAGACCUGAAGCCUGCCAACAUCCUGUUUGGGCAAGACACAAAAGUAAAAAUCGGAGACUUUGGACUGGUCACUGCUGAGAUUGACGACGAUGACAAGUCCUCAAUGGAAAGGACUAAAUAUAAGGGAACACCAUCAUACAUGGCUCCUGAACAGAAGAGCGAGACGAACUAUGGCAGGAAGGUUGACAUAUUUGCUUUGGGGCUGAUCUACUUUGAGCUUCUUUGGAAAUUCUCCACUCGUUAUGAAAAGUACAAGAUCUGGGAUAACAUCAGAAAACAGAAGCUUCCCCAAGAAUUUGCAUCCAGUUUUACCUCAGAGUACAUCAUCAUCAGAUCAAUGCUGAGGAUGAAUCCCGAAGACCGACCUGAAGCGUCUGAGGUCAUAACAGACCUGGAAGAGUGCGCUAAACAGAUAAACGCUGAAGAAAUGGCACGUCGUGGAAGGACCACUGUCUAAAUUGCGGGAAUACAACAGAAGAAUUUCAUCUGCACAUGUGGGGGGAAAAAAGAUCCAUUGGUGCUCUUGAAAGACUUUCAGAAUGAUGUCAAAUAUUUACAUGCAACUUACAAAUCAUAAAUGAUCGUUUU